GUUUUUUGAGUUUUCGGGGAAUUACUCUUUUUUAGUGAACAUAUUAAAUUAAUAGUGCUUGGACAUUUAAUUACAGAGUAAAAGGAGGAAAGAAGUAUUAUGCCUUCAUAUAUCCGGUUCCGUUCUUAAUGACGUUCCAGGAAGUGGCCAUCUUGAGAAAGGGGCUGUUGGGUUAAUAGUACAUUGAAUAUGUUUGAUAUGACUGUUAAGAUGAAGAAACGGAGGACAUUUGUGCAAACGUUUACUGUUAAUCUAAUAGACUGAAUGUAUAUAUUUCAGUGUUAAAUGGAUUUGCUAGUUGAACAGCGGCGUUAAUUUGAUGAAGUGUUUUUUUAUUAAGUUCUGGCAUAUCAGCUGCUAUGUCGAUGGAUUUAAACGUCACUUAUUACGAAAAUAAUAUCGUUAAUAUUUCCAUUUUGACCUCAUGAUUUGACAGCUAGCAACAGCCCUUUCCUCGUACAGUAUUAUAUUUCAUAUUCGGUAGGAAGACGCGUCAUACAGGGAUCUUUCCGAAUUUUACAGCUUUCAGUGAACUUCCGAAUCAAAUAUUUAAACAUGAAGAAGCUGUUUUCUAAAAUAGAAACAAAAAUUGACAAUACAGCCAAAGAGCCCAAUAGUUAUGUUGGGAAAGUGUUUGUUGUUGGAAGAAUGACGGUUACAGUUGAAGAUGUUUUAGCUGAAGGUGGGUUUGCAGUAGUAUUUCUGGUCAAAGCCAACAAUAGUGGAGUUCGUUAUGCGUUGAAGCGAAUGUAUGUGAAUAAUGAACACGAUCUCAAUGUCUCCAAACGUGAAAUUCAGAUUGCGAGCAAUUUGAGUGGCCACAAGAACAUAAUUGGAUAUGUUGAUUCAAGUCUUACUCAUACAGGAAAUGGUGUGUAUGAAGUUCUGUUGUUAAUGCCAUAUUGCCGUACCCAUGUUCUUCAGAUAAUGAAUGGAAGAUUACAGUCUGGUUUUAGUGAGACUGAAGUUCUGCAAAUAUUCUGUGAUAUGUGUGAGGCUGUAUCCAGGUUACAUCACUGUCAAACUCCGAUAAUUCACAGGGAUUUGAAGGUGGAGAAUAUUUUACUGGGUGACAGUGGUCACUACAUGCUGUGUGACUUUGGAUCUGCAACAGGAAAAGUGCUUAACCCCCAAGUACAAGGUGUUUCACCUGUCGAAGAGGAGAUAAAAAAGUAUACCACCUUGUCAUACCGUGCUCCUGAGAUGGUCGACAUGUACUGCGGCAAACCGAUCACGACCAAGGCUGAUAUUUGGGCCCUUGGCUGUUUAUUGUACAAGUUGUGUUUCUUCUCAUUACCGUUUGGAGAGAGUACACUUGCCAUUCAGAGUGGAAACUUCACCAUUCCUGACAAUUCGAGAUAUUCCAGAGGGAUGCAUUGCCUAAUCAGAUAUAUGUUGGAGCCAGAUCCAGAUAAACGUCCUGAUAUUUUUCAAGUUUCCUUUGUAGCCUUUUCCCUUUUUGGCAAAGAUUGUCCUGUUCAGAAUCUGCACAAGACACCUGUGCCUAUAGUGGAUCAGCUGCCAUGCCCUCAGAUGGAUAAUGAAGUAAAGCGCACAUCAGUGAAAGUAACAAAGCAGACAGUGGCUCCAGUGGUGGAGGGUACAAGUGUUGCUCCGCGACAGCGUCCUAAGGGAGGCCAGCCACUGCCUGUUGGAGGUGUACUUCCAAUUCCUUUGGGCUCUUCGCCAGUCCCUGUAGCAGGAACUACUCGCCGACAGACUGGUCCCCUUCCUCUUCCUUCUCUCUCUCAGUCCCCUGUUCCAAUGAAUGGUGCACCUGCAGCAACAAAUGAACCCCUUCCAGCACCUGUUACUCCAGUUCCAAGUGUUACAUCAUCCGGUCCCAGCUCCCACCAGCCUCCUUCACAGCCUUUGCCCGCAACAAAUACAGCACCUGUUGCUCAUCCACAUUCUGCAACGCACCAGGCAACUCCUGUACAAACGUUCUACCCUUCUUCUGUAUCAGCGACAGUGAACUUUGACCCCAGGUUGUCAGGCAAUACUUCUUCAAGUCAUUCCAAUGUGGCUGCAGCCUCUGUACAAGGCCACACCAUGAACAUGAGCACAGCACCAGUGAAGAGCUCUGGGGACAGCAGAGAAUCCCUUGAAGCUCUAUUCCCAGCAUCAGGUAAGGAAACAAGCGGCUUUCCAGAUCCAUUUCAGGAUGAUGGUGGGGGUGAGAAUUGUCCCCAAGGUCCUCCUCCAGUCCCACCUUCAUCAUUUAAUCUUCCUGCAGUUACUUCUAAGCCAGCUGCCCACAAACUGGAGUCUGUCUCCCAGUGCAUUGCAACUGUAACUCCUCCCAGCUCUCCUACAUUGGCUGCACCUCGGGGGCAUCGUCGCAACAUGAGUGAUACAUCUGCAUUCAACAAAGUAUUUGCUAAUGAGACAAGUCAGUUUCUGGCACCGUAUGAAGCCUCGGUCAGAUCUCGGUCCGGCUCAAAUUCACCACCAGAAAGUGCCGUUAAUAACACUUCUAGAGCCGCCAACAUUCCAGACACUCACAGGCACCUUGUUGGAGUGUCAGCAUCUCAUGGUGAACUGUCCAGUGCUGUAACAGCUGGUGGGAGGUCUCUGUCAGCAGAUAUUGCUGACUGGAAUCCCUUUGAAGAUUCUACACCAUUUAGUCUGAUGACAGAGGACCAUAUUUUUGGUGCAGAAUUUGAUAAAAUAAGAAGGGGCUCCCAAAGUAGUAUUUCUAAUGUCAAGAGUCGAGAGAGCCUUGUGAUGACAUACACAGACUUGGCAGAGGAUCCGUUUAGUUCUGCUCCAUUUAGUUUACCAGCUUCCAAACACGGCAACAAAGAAAAGCAGACACCAAAGAAAUCACCAUCUGGAGGUUACACAAAGUCUUCUGACUCAGUUCGAGUCAGUCAUUGGAUGAUACAGAGGAGCAGGAAUUCAUCACCUGAGUUACUGGAUGGUCCUGAUAGAGAAGGGGUUACAACGACCUUAAUUAUAGGAAGUAAUGGCACAUCUCCACCAUUUGUACGAGCCCCAGCUGAAGACCGAUCAAAGUAUGAGAAGCUGAUACACGACUUCGAGGAUGUUUCUUCAGAUGACAGCCACACAAGUCAGCCAGAAGCUGUUGGCAGCAAAGUACAAAGAAAACGGCAUCGAGUACGAAGUAACUUGGCUGCUGUGGCUGAUAGUAAGCUCAAGAAAGAUGUUGCCACCACAAAUCCGAAUUCUGAUCCAAAGUGUGGUGGUCAUCUGUCUGAUGACUCUAUUGGAUCGGCUAGUGACCUACGAGCUAUGAAUGAAGACGAAGCUCAAGUGGAAGGGGAUGAGGAAGAUAGACUCAACUGUAACCCAGAGCAUCUUAAUGAUGAGACCAUAUCAGAAAGUAUCAUUACCUGUGGUUCUUCUGCUUACCAUGCUGAGUGUGAGAGCUUAGCAACCCAUGAUGAUGAUGAAGAUGAUGGGAGACGCCGUCAUAAGGUACCAACAAGUAAACGUGAUGCUACUGCUAGUAGUCAACAGAUUGUAGCGGAGGAUGAGGUUGAUAUUAAUGAUGGCCAUGAUCUUCUGUUUGUGGGGCACCAGUAUGGUGAGAAGCCGCUCCUUGCUGAUGAUGAAUUGGACACUGAUGAUGAUGGUGGCAUGAGAAGUCCUUCUCCAGUUCAUAAUAGUUACUGGAGGCAUCCUGUAGAUGAAGAAGCAAAUAAAGGAAUGUCGUGGGAGAAAACCAGCCCUGGAAAAGAUAUUAUUGUGGAUGUAUUUGCUUUGGCACCGUUCCAGAAACCAGCAGGGGGGUCUUCUAGGAGAAGUUCCAGCAGAGGAAGCAACAAAAAGGUUUUAGGGCAUUACCAGAGUCGGAGCCAGCCAACUAGUCAGACUGUGUCCCCAAUGGAUAUUCUUACAGGUGGAUGCAAGUCAUCACUACUUAUCUCUGCUUCUCCUCUCUCUCACCCUAUUACACCACCACAGGAGCCUUCUGUACCACUGCAGGAUGCACCGUUGGUAGAUUUGGGAGAACCAUCUGCUUCAAACUCAAAUGCAUCAGUAGAGGCCAAGUGUGUUCCUGCUGUUGCACAGCAUGAACUUGAAGAGGGCCCAAAGAACCUUCCUCAGCACAGGUAUGAGAAUGUACUUGACACACCAUUUCAAGAGCAGAAGGAAAACUCAGUUCCAGAUUCGCUUUGUAGCAGCAGGUUUGAGAAUUCUGUUCACUUUGCAUCUUCGGUUCCUCCAAUUGCAGAACAAGAUGAAGAUCCUUCAGAUGGAGGUGGAAGCAACAAGGAUUUGUUUGGUUCAUCUCCAUUCAGUUCUGGAUCCUAUAUUGUUAAUCCCUUCAGCAGUAAUAAUAGUCGAAGCUGUACCAACAAUGGUGCUGCGAUGGUCACCAGUGUUUCUCCAUUGAAUCCAUACCAAGUAACAACUCCUUCACCUGUUGUCUUCCAUCAGCAGGAUUCUCCUUCCUUCACAAAUUCUCAGCCUGAAUAUUUCAGUCCUUCACAGAAAUUCCUCUUGCAGAAUCCUGAACAUCAUUCCCUUGAAUCACCAGGCAGCCCUUCAAGUGUGGUUAACAGUAACUUGGCAGCAAACUUGGCAACUUCACCAGCUGGAGUUACCCCAGUUUCAACUAUUCUGAGGCAGCCUAGCAAACCACAACAGGAUCUAUUUGGUGCAGUUCCAUUCAGCAAAAUGACUUCACAGGUCCUCACAAAACAGUCACAGUCUAUUAAUUUUCCAAGACCAACAACCCUACCUCUCCGUCAUGUGUCAGCAGCCAUUGACACGGUUCCAACACUGAAAUCUGACCAUAGGCAUUCCUAUAGCAUCAGUCCAGCAGCUGUAAGUGUUUUGAAGUCAGAACCCCUCGAAUCCUGCUGCUUCCAAGGAGGUACAGCUUCUUCUCCAACAGAAGCAAACAGGCAUAAAGGAAAUAAUGAUACGUCUCCGAAGCUUCUCCAACGUAAGGAUAAGACCAAGAGCAGUGACAAAUCUAAAUACCAUCUAAUAGAAGACUGUCAUAGUAGUAAAGCAGAGAAACUUAAUCCUUUACCUUCAAAAUUGUCACAUAAGACUGGGAAAUCUAUGACAUCUUCAAGUUUUAGGAAGUCUUCUAAAGUUUCAAAGAAGAUUGGAGGUGAGAAAACAUCAAAAGUUGCUGCAGCUGGGUUCAGUAACAUGAGUUUUGAAGACUUCCCCAGUGAUGAGGGAGAUGAAGUAUUAACGGAACAAGUGGUUGUUCCAUUUGAGGUGAUUCGAGGUGAGAAACAGGCACAUGAAGUAGAAAGGAAGUUUGGCUCGUUGAAACGACGUUCUAAUCCAUUUUCUUGAGGAACACUGCAGGUAAGCAACAGUUACCAACUGCUGUGUAACCCAUAGUCUUAAAUGAUGGUGGUGAAGUAAAGUGAUGAACAUUAGUUUCUAAAAAAAACCAUCAAAACAACAGGGUGUCUUCAAAUUUAAAACUAUGAUUUGUAACAAAUUAGUAUUAUGCCACAGAUUGUGACAGACAUUAAAUGUUCAUCAUAUUUUGAAGAGGAGCAUUAUUUAUCCUUCAAAUUUUAAUUUGCAAAAGAAAUAGUAGUUGUCUCCAGAAAUAACGAGGAAUGCUUUUGUACUAAAAUCUUAUCAAGUUGCCAUUAGUCAUCAUGUGAUUAUGUGUAACAUAUAGACGCAACUUUCUUGCUGAAUGCCAGUAAGAUGCAUCUUUGCAGUUCCUUCGUUUAAAGUGGCCGUGGUAGCCAUAAUCAGCUUUAUGCUAAAUAUCUGACAUAAACAUUGAUAGUGAAUAUUUAAAUAUAAUUUACAAAGUUCUAGAGAUGCACUGUACCAGUAUUUGUGUAUAUUUUAUUUAUAUGAGUGUGUAAUGUGUAAAAUAGAUCAUGACUUGUU